AUGAAGUUUGCCAUUCUUCUCGCUGCGGUCUGCAGCGUUGCUCUCGCUCAAAACCCAGGAACUGAUAACUGUGUUAGUGCUCAGUUCGCGGCAUGCAACAGUCGGCUUUCCGAUUUCUGGAGGGUUGACACCUCAACUGCCUGGAAAGAUUUGGGCACCUUGGACAGAAUCACCCAAUCUCUUCUCCUCACUCCAUACACAAUUGACUCUUGGAUUAAUGUUUGCAACGGAUUCUCUUCCUUCUAUGGAUGCCUCGGACAGGUCCAAAUCCGCAACUGUCUCGGAACAGUCGGACUUGUCGGAUCAGGACUUGCGCUCUCUGAUGCCUAUGCUUAUCAGGGAUUCAUGGCAGACUGGGAUUUCAAGUGUGGAGUUGGAUUCUGGACCAUGUAUGAGCGUCAAGUUUUGACAACAUGCAUUGAGAGCACAUAUGUCAACUACCAACAAGAGACUGCUGCCGCUCUUCAAACUUACACCACUGCCACAACUCAAGAUCCAAACAACGCCUGCAAGUACGCUCAGAAUUUGAUGAACGCCUGGCAAACAACCUUCCAAAAGGGACCAUGCCGUACCGUUAAUCCAGCUCAAGCCGGAUGGUUCGGAUGUCAAUCAGCUCGUGAAUGGUCGAAUGCUCAAUUCAAACACUGCAAGCAUACAACCACUUGUGCAUCCCCAGCCACUGUUGACCCAAUUACCAGAGUCAAUGCCGAAACUGGAAAAACUGAGUACCAAACUCAUUGUCCUUCAUCACCAUCGUCUCCAGCUGGUCCAACAUCCGAAGUAUCGAUUAUUCCUGGUUCUCCAUCAGUUCCAUCCUCUCCUUUCGGUCCUGGAACUCCAUCAAUUCCAGUCUUUCCAGGUCUUCCAGGUCUUCCAUCUAAUCCAUCGAAUCCACGUCUUCCCUUCAAUCCAGGUAAUCCAUUGUUUCCAGGUGGUCCACGUGGUCCUUGUUCUCCUGGUUCUCCUGCUGGACAAUCGCAAGGAUUUGGAAGUGUUGGAUCACAUGGGCCUCUUGGUGGCUCUCCGGGAUUUCCUGGUUUUCCUGGCGCUCCUGGGGAACCAUGA